ACGGCCCCGGCCGGGGAGGGAGGGCGGCGGGUGCCGCCGGAGCCGCCGGACAUGUCGGGAGGGCACUGCGGCGGCUUCGCCGCGGCGGCGGCCGGCAGCGGCGAGAUCGUGCAGCUGAACGUGGGGGGGACCAGGUUUAGUACCUCAAGACAGACACUUAUGUGGAUUCCAGAUUCUUUUUUUUCCAGUUUGCUGAGUGGAAGAAUUUCAACCCUUCGAGAUGAAACUGGUGCUAUAUUUAUUGAUAGAGAUCCAGCAGCGUUUGCACCCAUUUUAAAUUUUCUUCGGACAAAAGAACUAGACUUAAGGGGAGUGAGUAUUAAUGUUCUCAGGCAUGAAGCAGAAUUUUAUGGAAUCACUCCAUUAGUAAGAAGGCUUCUCUUAUGUGAAGAACUGGAGCGUUCAUCUUGUGGCAGUGUCCUUUUUCAUGGUUACUUGCCUCCACCAGGUAUUCCUAGUCGUAAAAUAAACAACACUACUAGAUCCUCUGCUGAUUCUAGAAAUGGACUAAAUUUUACAGAAGGUGAAGCUCGAGGAAAUGGUACACAGCCUGUUCUCUCUGGAACUGGAGAAGAGACUGUUAGGCUAGGAUUUCCUGUGGAUCCACGAAAGGUACUAAUAGUAGCUGGCCAUCACAACUGGAUUGUAGCUGCGUAUGCCCAUUUUGCUGUGUGUUACAGGAUCAAAGAAUCUUCAGGAUGGCAACAAGUGUUUACAAGCCCAUAUUUGGAUUGGACUAUUGAACGAGUAGCUUUAAAUGCAAAAGUGGUUGGAGGUCCACAUGGAGACAAAGACAAAAUGGUCGCCGUUGCCUCAGAGAGUAGCAUCAUCUUAUGGAGUGUCCAAGAUGGAGGAAGUGGAAGUGAAAUUGGAGUGUUCAGCCUUGGUGUCCCUGUCGACGCUCUCUUCUUCAUUGGUAACCAGUUGGUGGCCACGAGUCAUACAGGGAAAGUGGGGGUGUGGAAUGCUGUCACCCAGCACUGGCAGGUUCAAGACGUUGUUCCUAUAACUAGUUAUGACACUGCUGGGUCGUUCCUUCUACUGGGAUGUAACAAUGGAUCGAUAUAUUAUAUAGAUAUGCAGAAGUUCCCUUUGCGAAUGAAGGAUAAUGAUCUUCUUGUAACUGAACUUUAUCAUGACCCUUCAAAUGAUGCUAUUACUGCUCUGAGUGUGUACCUCACACCCAAAACAAGUGUCAGUGGUAACUGGAUUGAGAUUGCCUAUGGCACGAGCUCUGGAGCAGUGCGAGUAAUUGUGCAGCACCCGGAGACGGUUGGGUCAGGCCCUCAGCUUUUUCAGACCUUCACAGUUCACCGAAGUCCCGUCACAAAAAUCAUGCUCUCAGAGAAGCAUCUGGUAUCAGUCUGUGCAGAUAAUAAUCAUGUCCGGACAUGGACGGUAACAAGAUUCAGAGGAAUGAUCUCUACUCAGCCAGGCUCUACUCCUCUAGCAUCUUUCAAGAUACUGUCCCUGGAGGAGACAGAAAGCCAUGGAAGCUAUUCCUCUGGAAAUGACAUAGGGCCUUUUGGAGAGCGAGACGAUCAACAGGUGUUUAUCCAGAAAGUUGUUCCCAUCACUAACAAACUGUUUGUAAGACUCUCAUCUACUGGGAAGAGAAUCUGUGAGAUCCAAGCUGUUGACUGUACUACAAUAUCCUCAUUUACAGUGAGAGAAUGUGAGGGCUCCAGUAGGAUGGGCUCAAGGCCAAGGCGCUACUUGUUCACAGGCCACACAAACGGCAGCAUUCAGAUGUGGGAUCUGACCACUGCCAUGGAUAUGGUUAACAAAAGUGAGGAUAAAGAUGUAGGUGGUCCGACUGAAGAGGAGCUACUCAAAUUACUGGAUCAGUGUGAUCUGAGCACAUCUCGCUGCGCUACUCCUAAUAUCAGUCCAGCAACUUCUGUGGUUCAGCAUAGCCGUCUUCGUGAAUCAAAUUCUAGUCUUCAGCUCCAGCACCAUGAAACCAUCCACGAAGCAGCUACUUAUGGUUCCAUUAGACCUUACAGAGAAAGUCCCUUGUUAGCAAGAGCAAGGAGGACUGAGAGCUUUCACAGUUACAGGGACUUCCAGACUGUGAACUUGAACAGAAAUGUAGAAAGAGCUGUCCCUGAAAAUGGUAACUUCGGUCCAAUACAAGCUGAAGUGAAGCGGGCAACAGGGGAAUGUAAUGUGUAUGAAAGAAAGUCUCCUGGAACAGAAGUUAAAAGUUUGAGAGAAUCAGAUAGUGGAGUGGAGGUGCAUAAAAUAGCUGAAGGUUUUCUAGAAUCCAAGAAAAGGUCAUCAGAAGAUGAAAAUGAAAAUAAAGUGGAGUUACGGAAGAAAGGAGGAUUUGAAGGAGGAGGAUUCCUUGGAAGAAAGAAAGUCCCCCACCUGGCAUCAUCACCAAGUACCUCUGAUGGAGGAACUGACUCACCUGGUACUGCAUCCCCAUCUCCUACGAAGACCACUCCAUCUCCUCGGCACAAAAAAAGUGAUUCUUCAGGUCAAGAGUACAGCUUGUGAAAACUCAGCAAAAUGAGUAAUUUCAUUAAGUUAGAUGAGAGUAAAACUUUACUGGAUUUCAACACAUUAGCUUUUAUACCAAAACUUUACAAAUUAAGAUUGGACUUCAUUCAUUACCUUCUUGACAGAAUUACCUGGGGUAAGUAGAUAAAAUAACCGUAUCAUUUCUUCAGAUCUUUUGGAAAUUUUUUUUAGUUUUACAGGCACAUUUAAUAGAUCAUUUGUAAAGCAGGAGUCUGCUUCAAUGUUUACUCUGGAUUUUGGAAGCAUAGUACCAUGUCUUAAUAAGAUGGUGCCCACACAGAUGAGCAUCCCCUUAGAGUGUGGGAACCAACAGACUGCAUUCCUAAUGUUGAUUACGCCUGAGAUUUGUCUUGCAAUGUCAUAUUAAGCGAAUUACAUAAUUCUCUUUGGAGCUUAGUCUCCCAUCCCUUAUUGUGAUUGCGAAGUGGUUUACCAGGUAUUUAAUGAGGUGCUAUGUUUGUGAAAAAAUAUGUAAUUCAAAAACACUAUUGAAUACCAGAUUAUUCUGUGUAGUAGGAAGUCCUUUAGGAUAAUUUGUGGUCAUUUUCUGAUUC